GAUGCCAUAAGAGCAACUAUCCAAUAAGGUAGAAUUGAUCUCUUUUUUUUCAGUCAUAGUCUAGCAUCAAUCAAGUAUGGACCAACCCCAAAAGAUACCAAAGGAUUUCCUUUCAAAGCUGGGAGUAAAUAUUGUAGAUAGUCCUGCUUCCUUAAAUGUGAUAUUUGGCUUGAUCCUUGCAGGACUAGAAAGGUUAGCAGAUAUGGAGUUUGAGUGCCCUUGCCGUCCCACUUGGAAUGUGCUGUGCUUCGUAGCUUUAUUCACCAUCCCUGCUAUCAUAGUCUUUGUGGUUAUGAUGACUAUCCAAAUUUGCAAGUGUCAAUGCAAGUGCAAUUGCAAAUGCGAUUGGAAUUGUAAAACAGUAAACAGGAUCCUCUCCAGUACUGUCCCAGUCCUUGUGUGGCUGGCGCUGCUCUUCAACGACGGGGAGUAUUAUGCAUGUUUAAUGGACACCAGGAAUGGCACAUAUGUCAGAACUCAGGAGAAGCGAAGAUGGUGUCAACCAACGGAGAAUAUGACAGUGGACGAGAAGGAGAUUAUCAAGCAUGACGCAUUCAAGCUUUAUGGUGAUUCUCAGAUCAUAUGCUUCGUUCCCCUCUUUGUCUUAUGUCUGGGAUUUAUAUCGUAUGCGAUAAAAAAGUGCCUUAAAAAGGAAAAGGAGACCAAGGGCUCUUGCUGCAAACAAAAGUGCUGCAGAGAGGGGACCAAGAACUCUGUGUGCUGCACAGAGGAGACGAAAGCCGCCGUGAGCUGCGGAAGCAGACGUGUCUGCUACAAAGACGGGACCGACGAUGCCAGGGUGCGCUGCAAACGAGAGAAGCAGGAAGAAGAGGGAGAGUCAGACGCCUACGAAAUAACUGAACUGAACCAGCCUUAAAGGAGACAGAAUGGAAACAAUUUUGGUUUUGGUUUUGAUGAAUUAGGAGAGGUUGUGCAUAACCAAAUAGCUAUCAUAUCAUAUAAUAACAACACACAAUUAAUCAUUUAUUAAGCAUUUGUUACCUAUUAGUUAAUGGUUUGUUCAUCAUUAGCAAUUUAUUGUUCAUGCAAAAUGUAUCAUAGUAAGUAAAAUAAUGUUUGUAAAUACAUGAUUUAUACCUCAAAUACUGAAACAACCAUUUAAACCAUAAAUGAAAUAAUUUCCCUUUUAUGAAUCAGUUACGAACUAUCAGUAAAUGCUUUGAUCAUCAUUUGUAAAGUAUUACUCCUAUACAGUGUGUGUUAAUUCUCAUACUAUGAUUCAUGAUUAACUCAGGAGUUACAAGUGGUUAGUUAAUGAUAUUUGUGAACCCAUCUAAAGUGAGGACUGUAUAUGCCAUGCUACACAUUUACAAAUCAUUUACAAAUGAGUUAUGAAGGUUGCAUUUGCAUCUAUUUAUUUAGCAGACACAAUUUCAUCUAAGGUGAUUUUCACUAUCAAUGAAAUAAAAGAGCACUGCCACAAUGGUGGAGACCAGG